UCACCGGAUCUCUAUCGCUUCCCCAUUGCCAUUGACUCUCUUCUUCUUCUUCUUCUUCAUUAAAAUCAACUUUUCCUUUCCUUUGCUUGCAGACAUAUUUUCAUCGUCUGAUCUUCCUACACGCUUUCCUUUUCUUUUUACAGUAGAAAAAAAAAAAAAAAAACCCAAGGUUUUUCGUUUUUUGUUCGGAGCUGCUGUUUAGAUUUUCGCUUUCUGGAAGGAGAGUGUGGAGCCCAGAGCUGGUCCUCUGCUUUGCUGGCUUGAAGCUCUCCAUUGUUGAUUUCUAAUGGAGUUUGGUUUGGUUCGGUUUGUCUGAUGUGAAAGUCCAGACUUCAAUUGCCUUGCCCUAAUUGAAGAACGCCGUAAUUUUUGUAGUAAUUCAACCGUGCUCUCGCUGUCUCUCUUUCGACAUCUUUGUUUUGUUUUCUUGCUGAUAAUUCUUUUGCCUUUUUUUUUUUUUUUCACUUUCUGUAUUGGUUUGUGAGUUUAAUUUUGAUUUGUUGGUUUAUAAUUUAAAAUUUUUUGGGGGUAUUCAAUCAUUUCAUCAUAAUCAACAUCAUCUUCUUGUUUUUGCCGUCAAAAGUAAAUGGAUACGAGGUAUCAGAGGAUAGAAACGCAUAUCGAAAUUUCUUUGUAACUAUUUUGCUAAUUUCCUCGUUGAUUUGACGGAUCCAUAGAUCUGAGGCUCUUUCACUUUCAGAUCUUCCGGUUUUUCACGAUCAACUGUUCGAGAUUUUUCACUGCAACUUUGAUAUCGGCACAGCAAAGUUCGAAGAUUAUAUGCAUUUACACAAUUGAGUUUUAUUUAGGCCAAUAGUUAAGUUGUGUACUUAUUCGAUGCGGAUAUUUUGGAGGGUACUUUGGAUGAAAUGAGGGAUGUUAUCGAAGUUAAUGAACUUUUUAAGGGCCUGUUUUCGGCCAAGGGCAGAUCGAAGUGUUCGGGGAGGUUCGGACGCCAAUGGUAGGCAGGAAGGCCUACUCUGGUAUAAGGAUUCGGGUCAACAUUUUAAUGGAGAGUUUUCGAUGGCUGUAGUUCAAGCAAACAAUUUGCUGGAGGAUCAGAGCCAACUUGAAUCUGGUUGUCUGAGCUUGAAUGAUUCAGGACCAUAUGGUACUUUUGUGGGGAUUUAUGAUGGACAUGGUGGGCCUGAGACCUCUCGGUAUAUUAACGAACAUCUCUUCCAAUAUCUAAAAAGGUUCACUGCCGAACAUCAAUCUAUGUCGGUGGAAGUCAUUCGGAAAGCAUUUCAAGCAACUGAAGACGGAUUCUUCUCUAUUGUGAGCAGACAAUGGCCCAUGAAACCACAGAUUGCAGCAGUUGGCUCUUGUUGUCUUGUUGGAAUAAUAUGUGGUGGAAUUCUCUAUGUUGCUAAUCUUGGUGAUUCCCGAGCUGUUUUGGGGAGAGCUGUCAAGGCUACUGGCGAAGUGCUCGCCAUUCAACUCUCGGCUGAACAUAACGCCAGCAUUGCAUCUGUGAGACAGGAACUGCAGUCUCUACAUCCCGAUGAUUCUCAUAUUGUAGUGCUAAAGCAUAAUGUAUGGCGCGUGAAGGGUCUUAUACAGGUCUCAAGAUCAAUUGGAGAUGUGUAUUUGAAGAAGAAUGAAUUCAACAAGGAGCCAUUGUAUCAAAAAUUCCGACUAAGGGAGCCUUUCAGCCGACCAAUUUUGAGUUCGGAGCCAUCAAUUACAGUGCAGCAGUUGCUUCCUCACGAUCAAUUCAUUAUAUUCGCAUCCGACGGCCUUUGGGAGCACCUCACCAAUCAAGAAGCUGUUGAUCUAGUCCAGAACAAUCCACGCAACGGGAGUGCAAAGAGAUUAGUGAAAGCAGCGCUGCAGGAAGCGGCGAAGAAGAGAGAAAUGCGAUACUCCGACUUGAAGAAAAUCGACCGGGGAGUGCGUCGUCAUUUUCACGACGACAUAACGGUGAUCGUGUUGUUCCUCGACUCACAGCUUGUGAGCAGGGCUAGUUCUGUCCAGAGUCCCAAUGUAUCGGUGAAAGGCGGCGGCAUCAGCCUCCCGCCCCAUUUUCUGGCGCCGACGCCGACUGAACCACCAGCGGCAGCAGCUUGACGAGGUUUUAGUUUCUUCGACAUUACCUGUUGUACUAUUGUGAUGUGAAUACAGGUAGCUUCUCCUCCCUCCUUCUGUGCUCUUCUUCUUCUUCUUCUUCUCCUCGCCGUUAAAUUCUUUGAAUGCAAUGCGUACACUGUUGAUUUUUUGUUUGUUUGUUUGUUUAAGCAAUGCAGACUUACAGAUUGAUGAAAAUUCAUUAUAGCUACUAUGUUAUGUUGUUUCUAUGGGCAGAUCAGAUCAGAUCAGAUUCUUUGCUUCUUACAUUCGGUUAUUGUUAUUAUUGCUAUAUCUAUUUGUAUUUUGAUUUGGGUUUGAUUGGACUUUCUUCUUUUAGAGUUU